CUCUCUUUCAUAUUCACAUAAGCUCUCUAGUUCUCACUCGUCACAUUUCUGUGGAGGAGCUGGGUGCAGCACCGUACCCCAGGUACUCAAAACCCUAGCCCCAGAACUUCAUAUACACGCACAUAUUACAAAAUCAUCAGUUUGUGAAGUUGAAGUUUGAAGAAAAUGGAUAAGAAGAAGCCACUAGUGUUUUUUGAUGUUUCCAUUGAUGGAGAUCCUAUUGAAAGGAUGAUUUUUGAGCUUUUUACUGAUGUUGCUCCGAAGACGGCAGAAAACUUUCGCGCACUUUGUACAGGAGAGAGAGGCGAUAGUCCUGAAGCUAAAAGGCCUCUGCACUAUAAAGGAACUUUCUUCCAUCGUAUCAUCAAAGGAUCUAUGGCUCAGGUAUGCUAUUUACUUUUUAUUUGCUUCAUCUAUUUUUUGACACUGAAGCUGGGCAUGUUCAUUUUAUGUCCUGGUUCUGCUUGAAUUAGAAGUGGUCUUUGUCUUUAGCAGCUAUCCAUGUUUAUACUGUGUCAGGGCUGAUGAUCACGGCUGCUUGUGUAGUGAUGUAGUUUUAAUGUAGUAUUUACUGAGUUGUCCAUUCCAAAGACUCACUUUACGUUGGUGCACAUAGUACUAUCCCUUGUUUGGCUCAGAUUUUAAUCAGAGUCAAAGUCAAACAAUCAAUAUUAACCACAUCUUUCAUGGGUC